GGCUCGCGGCGGCUAUUAGCUAAGGGCUACGUGAAAAUGCAAGGCGAACGAAUCCCAAAGCGAAUGGGCUCAGCCACCUUCGUAGAAGUUCUUAUCGCUAUCUUCAUCCCUCCCCUCGGCGUCUUCCUCCGCUAUGGCAUUGGGGUAGAAUUUUGGAUUGAUUUGGUGCUCACAUUUUUGGGAUACCUUCCUGGAAUUAUUUACGCCGUUUAUGUUUUGGUGGGGAUGUGAUGAAAAAAAUAUUGUUUUUUUAUUUUUUUUAUUUUUUUAUUUUUUUAUUUGCUGCUUUUGAGAUUUUUUUUUUUUUUUUUUUAUUUUAAUUUUCUGUUAUUUUCCUAUUCUCGAGCCUGCAAACCCUGCUACUGCCAUGGCUUAUCUGGAUGGAAUCCAUCUUUUUAGGGGUCUAGACCAUUUGGUAGUUGUGAGAUAUAGGAUUUAUUUUUUAUUUUUUUAAUUUGGAAUGUAAAAAAAGAAAUUGAGAUGAAAUUAAUGUAACUCCGAUUUUUAGGUUGGAAAUUUAUUUAUAUACCCUUCUGA